AAACUCACUUUUCAUUUUCAAAACUAGCCGUUAUCCUUAACUCACUCACACUUCUCUCUCUAACACUCUCUCUCUCUCUCUUCCAAUGGCAACCUCGUUGGAGACACCUUCAUCUCCUCCUCUCCUCCUCAACCAGGAUCAUAGUACAACAAGUGUUAUGGGUUGUUCUUCUCCUUUGCUAUCUCCAUCCUCUGAUAAACGUUUCUGGAGCACUCUCCGGACCAGGGUUGAAACUAUUCUUGAUGAUCGUGAACACAAAAUCUCAGAUCCUCAACAUCCCUCUACCUAUAAGAGUGAACAGAGCAACCGGUUGAAGGAAGAUUCAAUGUUACUGAUGAGAGGGUUUGACUCUGUUGCUCACACACUGUCUCUGAUGUCUAGUAAUUUAGACAAUGCCCUUCAGGGUGCUAGAGAAUUGGCCAAUCCACCCACCUUAACUGAUAUAUUCCACAGCAAAUUUGAUAAGGCAGAAACCAAAGAAGAGAAACAGAGAGAAGGGAAGUCAAAGCAAGGAGUGAAAAGGAAAAUUGAUCACAAUGAUGUUGUUUCUGAAGAGAAUGUUGUUGACCCACAAGUGGGGAAUGGGCAAAAACUGCAAGAUGGGAACUUCAAGAAAGCGAAAAAUCUUGCAGUUUCAAUGGCAACCAAAGCAGCUUCACUUGCUAGAGAAUUGAAGUCUAUUAAAUCAGAUCUAUGUUUUAUGCAAGAAAGAUGUGGUUUGCUUGAAGAAGAGAACAGGAGACUCCGUGAUGGAUUUGAAAAAGGAGUUAGGCCAGAGGAAGAUGAUUUGGUGAGGCUUCAACUUGAGGCACUUCUAGCUGAGAAAUCAAGGCUUGCCAAUGAGAAUGCAAAUCUUAUAAGAGAAAACCAGUGUCUUCACCAGCUUGUUGAGUACCACCAACUUGCAUCUCAAGAUGAUCUCUCUGAAUCUUACGAGGAUGUCAUCCAGGGAAUGCACUUAGACUUCUCAUCUCCGCCGCCAACAAUUGCCGCAGAAGAGACAAGGGAUGAAGAUGGUGAUGAUGAGACAAAUAGAGAAGAACCACAAACACCAAGUAAAAAUAUCUGCAAAUCCUCUAAUUCACUUGAUGAUGGAGAAGAAGAGUAAACCAAAUUUUCAAGCACCAUCAUGACAUCCACUGUCACUGUGUAAUAUAUGAUGCUGCAAAAUAUUCCUCGUAUUUCACCACUAUUAAUAUUUUCUUAUCCUCAAAAUAAUAAUGUGAUGGCAAUUCCAAUUUUUAAACACAA